GAAUUCAAAGUAGGAUUGCAACUGUCUCGCCAACUGACACAGUGUUAAUGGAAACAAAGAAGAUGGUUGAGUAUGGUAUGAGCUCUGCUGUUGUAGCAGUUGAAAACAAAACACGAGGAAUUUUAACGUCAAAGGAUAUCUUGAUGCGGGUAAUAGCACAAAAUCUUCCUCCAGAGUCCACUCCAGUGGAGAAGGUGAUGACCCCAAAUCCCAAAUGUGCAACAGUGGAUACACCCAUUGUUGAUGCUCUACAUAUCAUGCAUGAUGGAAAAUUCCUACACCUUCCUGUUGUUGAUAAAGAUGGAGUAGCGGUUGCUGUUGUUGAUGUACUUCAUAUCACUCAUGCUGCUAUAGCCACAGUGGGAAGCAAUGCUGGGGUUAGUAACGAUUCGUCACCCAAUAUGAUGCAAAAAUUUUGGGAUUCUGCUGUGGCAUUAUCUCCUGAUGAGGAGGAAGAUGCAGAAUGUGAUAAUUCUUUCAAAUUGGCGUCUGAAAGCAUUGAGACAACAAGAUCACUUCCCUACCCUUCGUCAAUUGUGCCUAAUACCUUUGCUUUCAAAAUUCAAAAUAAGAAGGGUCGAAUGCAUAGAUUCAAUUGUGAUACACGGAGUUUGAUUGAUCUUGUGACUGCAAUCCUUCAGAGGGUGGGGGAUGAAAUUGACCGCAACAACUUGCCUAAUAUUUUGUAUGAAGAUGAAGAUCAUGACAACGUUGUACUUGCGUCAGAUAGUGAUCUUGCUAUAGCUGUGGACCAUGCAAGGUUAGCCGGUUGGAAGGUAUUAAAGUUGCAUUUAGAUCAUUCAGGAACACAAGGUCAAAGGAGAGGAUCACAAUCUGGAGGUGUAGGGUAUGCUCAAUCAGAUGUGUGGGCUUCAGCAUACAGUGCUUUAGCUGCAGGGGUUGCACUAAUUGCCAUAUUAAGCAUGUUAGCAUACUUGAGGAGGAAUGGUAACUGA